AUGAAACCGUUCACCCUCUUCUUUGGCACCAGUGACGAAGUUGGUACAUUUGAAGUAACUCAUAACCCUUCAUAUGAACUGGUCACGCACACCGUAAAUGACAUUUGGGAUCGCCUGCUUAAAGAUGAAAUAUUCCACGCACCUUUCCUCCACAUCUAUACAACAUGCUACAACGACGAUCCUGAGCCUCAGGACAUGUUGAAUCUGACUAAAAUCCGACAAAUCAGAGAUCAUCCUCCUACUGAUGCCGAUGUCGUCGACUUCCUCACAAACUCCUUUCCCGCUUUAUACUUGGCACCUGGAGAUUUCGGUCCAGAAGGUGAGACGUGGAGUGGGCGAGAAGAGGCUGACAAUCAGAAAGUAACGAUAAACUGUAGGCUUGUCCAGCUAUGGCUCCAGAUCGCACACAGCCCCAUUGCAGCUUCACCAUCACGGCUUGGUCUAAUGUUCAUCGCUGUCUUUCUGCACGAACUGGGCCACAGUGCAUUGGUUUGGUAUGGAAGGGGUGUGUGUGACAGUCUGUACUUGGGCGGUAUUGAGAGAGAAGUUGGUAAUUUCCUUGAACAGGUGUUCUUCAGAGGAAUUACCCUCACAGAGUUUGUGUUGGAACCAAUGAAUCUGGUGGAGAUUGGAAUUGAGAAAGAGGGCUCAUUCUACAUCAUCGACAAUGAUACAGCAAGAAAAGUUGCACGGUUUGACACCUCUGAAGGGCUCCCCCUUCUUGAUAUCACCAUGCUCUCUCCCUCACCUCCUGCCACCUUUGGCCGUGUCCGUGCCAAAUUUAAUAAGGCAAUGACCAACAUCGGGGUUCUACCAGCACCAAAAAAAAUGUUGGCAACACGUGCACAGCCCUUGCUGAAGAACAAUAAGAAAUGUAGGAUGGUUUGA